AUUCCCAUCCUCGCGUGACCAACUCAGACCCAGAAAACCAGGGUCUGCCCAACCUCCAGUUUCCACAAAAUCUUGGGGGCGGGAAGUUGAAAGAAGCACGCAAUACUGCUUUUGCUUUUCCUCUUUCUUUUUUCUUUGCAUUUUGCCCAAAACGGUUUCCUCUUUCAGAUGGCCCCUGGUUUUGCUCUCUCUCUCUCUCUUUGUCUCUGUCUCUCUCCUUAUAUUUCAACCAACACCUUCCCCACCUCUCUCCACUGGUUUCCCUUUCUCCUUCUCAGAUCUUUGCCUCUUUUGCACCCUUCUAUUCUUGUCCAAGAGCUUCUUCUUUUUCACUCAAACAUACCCAUCUCUACUCUCAAUCUUAUGCGUUUCAUCAAGGCAACGGAAAAACUUGGUUUUCUUCAUUUCUGGCUUCUGGGUGUCGAGUAAUCGUGGGUGUUACGGAUUGGGUUUUUGUUUUGUAAGGCGAAGUUGAUGUUGGUUGUCAAGGUUUGCUAGAGAAAAGCGUAAAUCUUGUUUGACAGAUAUCGGGGAAAUUGUGUUGCAUUUGGAGGAAUAUUUGUUUCUUUAGCUGUCGGUGAGAAUGGAGGCAGCGAUGGUGGAGCGGCGAAGAGACAGGGUUGGGCAUGUUAAGAGGGUUGGGUAUGUGAAGAAGAGUUUUAUUGGGAAGAGAAAAUGCACGCGGAGGAUUAAACGGCGGCCAGCGCAGGCGGUGGUCCCUAUGGCGCUGCAGGAGCUGUUUCUUUCGUGCCUAGACGUGUUCAAAGGCCCCGGCACCGUUCCUCCUACUCACGAUGUGCAGAAACUUCGCCACAUUCUUGACAAUAUGAAGCCAGAGGAUGUGGGGCUAAGUAGCGAGCUGCAGUUCUUUAGACCUACAAAUGUGCUCAAUGCGGAUUCAAGGGUCACGUACACAACCAUAUACAAGUGUGAUAACUUUUCGUUGUGCAUAUUCUUUCUCCCGGCAACUGGUGUAAUUCCCCUUCACAACCAUCCAGGAAUGACUGUUUUUAGUAAGCUUCUACUGGGAACAAUGCACAUCAAGUCAUAUGAUUGGGUUGAUCCUAUCGAUUUGUAUGGCACUGUAACAUCCUCUCAAUUGAGAUUGGCGAAGUUGAAAGCUGACAGUGUCUUCACAGCCCCCUGCGACACUUCAGUAUUAUAUCCAACAACUGGGGGGAACAUCCAUGCGUUCACCGCCAUAACACCAUGUGCGGUGCUUGAUGUUAUGGGGCCUCCUUAUUCUAAUGAAGAUGGUCGAGAUUGCUCAUUUUAUAAAGAUUAUCCCUGCACUACCUCAAAUGGAAAUUCGACUGUGAAAUCAGAGGAGGCUGACUCUUACGGAUGGUUGGAGGAGAUUGAAGUGCCAGAGAACUCACAAAUGGAUGGAAUUGAAUAUAUGGGUCCUCAGGUUAUUGAGCCUAGCUGUUAGCUGUUCCAUGUGUGACCAGAAAGCAAACCCCCCCCAACCCAAAUUUGCUUUCUAUUCAAUUUUUUUUUUAUUCCUUUUCUGUCUCUCUUGUGUUGCUCAAUUUAGCUAUGCUGAUUGUAGAAAGGCCUUGUUUGUAUGUAUUUUUGUUAUUUUGUUCUCAAGAUAAAUACAUUAACAAACAAUUAAAAACCACAUAAUGUUCCUCAA